ACUUGAGAUGUCUCCACUUCAUCUUCCCAAUAGAUUAUCUGUCUGUUGAUGCUUAGUAAUUCCCUCUAUUCUAUACAUGCAUGGUGAAUUUGAUAUACAUAAAUCUUCGUCUAAAUCUAACAACCGAUAAUUCUCUUUCAAAAAUUAGGGUUAAAAGGUCCAAAAGUCCCUCCUAACGUCAUGUGGAAGCGAGAAUCGAGCGACGAAGAAUCAUCACAGAGUCAUGAGAAUCUGGAAGCUCAGAGAUCUUCCUUGCCCUCUGUUCAGAGCUCCUCUCCUCAUAUGUUCUUGCCCUCUGCCUCUGCACCAGAAGAACCUCUCAAUUUUUCUCAGGUUCUGACGGGAGUUCGGGAACUUGAUCUUGUACCGAACCGAAACUCAUCACAUAGUUAUGAGAAUCCGAUGUUCUUGCCCCCUCCUCCGAUGUUCUUGCCCCAUGCUCCGCUGUUAUAUCCUCUCUCUUCUCUCAAUAGUUGGUCUCGGGCUGAGAGUGGCCGGGCGCAACAAUUUCGGUCUCGGGAGUCGAUUUUUUACCCUUACAAAGAGGAACAAAUACUGUCUAGUGAGGAAGAGCUCUUUGGUAAAGUUGGACUUCAUUGCUACAAUCUGCAACAUUGGAUCCAAUGCGGCCGCGCAAUUCCAGUUGCCAGUUCGAAACACUGGCUAGGCAUGCGAUUGAGAAUAAAGAUUGCUUGAGUGCAAUUGUAACAGAAUGUAGAAUAAAGCCGCAAAAUCCAGACUCAGAGGAGAGACGCGGCAAUAAUCCCUUUAACAAAGCUCUCGUGGAUGAUUUCUUCAAAGGUAAGAUGCCCGAUUGGAUGCCGGAGGGCGCGCUAACGGGAAGUAAUAAGCUGCAAUACUAUGAGAUGAAAGAAUCAGAGGUUGAAGAAAACAAGGAAUGGCUUCAUCUAUACGCGGAACUCGCCUUGUUGACCUUGCAAGGAUCUGAAUUGAAAACAAUUCAGCCUGUAAAACCGUUGGAGCUGAGAAAGAUAGUUGUAAGAACAAAAGAAGAUGUGGAGUCGAAGAAAAAGGUCAAGGCGGAGAAUGCAAUCUUCUACAUUAGCUUCAAAAACUGUUGCGGUCGAGAUUACAAUGUUAUCGUUAGGAGAACAACAGAUGGAAUCCCAGAGCAUUUUUCGCUUGAAGUCAAGUGUUGUUGAUCUCAUAAUCGAACAUGUGUUGUUUGCUUUCGAGUGUUAUGUUUUAAUCUAAACGGUCAACAAAACUAUUUGUGCUCUAAUUAGUUUCUUGAACAUAUUAAUAUUAUUAUUAUAUAUGAGGUUUGACAACAUUGGAUU